AUGGUUAUAGAUGUGUCUUACGUUCAUAUGUCCUCGGAGUUUAAUAAUUUGGUUAUUUGUAUUAUCUGCAUUCUGCAUAUUCCUCCUGGGUUGGAAGUUGAAGCAUUGUCCUAUGACUAUAGUGUUUCUCUCGACUGUUUGGCCACCCCUCUCAAACCUCAGUACGGCGGAGGAAUCGUCGCCAACCCAGAAUUAGACCAUGGCUUGAAGGGUUGGACUGCAUUCGGAGACGCAUACCUAGAGCAAAAAGUAUCGAAAGGAGGCAAUAAUUUCAUCGCUGCGUCCAACAGACACGGACCUCGCGACAGUUUCUCCCAAAAGUUUUACUUGGAGAAGGGGAAAUUCUACACAUUUUCCGCUUGGUUACAAGUAAGCCAAGGAAAUGCUAAAGUAGGUGCCAUUUUCAAGACAAUGUCUGGAUUUCAACAUGCUGGUUGGGUUGUAGCUAAGUCCGGGUGCUGGUCCAUGCUCAAGGGUGGCCUCAUUGUGAAUUCUUCUGGCCCCGUUGACCUCUAUUUUGAGAGCUCGGAUGCAUCAACCGAGAUAUGGGCAGACAGCAUUUCAUUACAACCGUUCACCAAAGAGCAGUGGAAAUCUCAUCAACGUCUAAGCAUUGAGAAGGCUCGGAAAAGCUCGGUGAAGCUCCUAGCAGUUGAUGCCAAAGGCAACCCUCUAGCAAACGCAACUGUCUCCAUAACCCAAGAAAGGCCCAGUUUUCCACUGGGUUGCGCCAUGACCAGCUACAUCCUGACCAACUUGGCCUACCAAAACUGGUUCAGGUCCAGGUUCACCGUAACCACGUUCGAAAACGAGAUGAAGUGGGGGAGCACCGAACCGGCCCGGGGCCGCGAGGACUUCUCGGUGCCCGAUUCCAUGCUCCGAUUCGCGGCCCAAAAUGGAGUCUCGGUCCGCGGCCACAACGUCGUGUCGAACGAUCCAAAGAACAUUCCCGAAUGGGCCAAAUCGUUGGCGGCUGACGAAUUUCGACUGGCUGUUGAGAGGAGAGUGAACUCCGUCGUGAAAAGAUACGCGGGGAAGGUUAUUGCGUGGGACGUAGUUAAUGAGAAUAUGCAUUUUAAUUACUUUGAAAGUGUUUAUGGGAGAAAUGCUUCGGCCGUUUUGUUUGGCAAGGUUCAUGAGCUUGACAGAGGAACGACGUUGUUUCUGAAUGAGUUUAAUACGAUUGAAGCGACGUACGAUGGAGAUUCUAAGCCGGACAAGUACCUUGAGAAGAUAUGGGAGAUUCGAAUGGGGGGUUAUGUCGGGCCUAUCGGGAUUGGGCUCGAGGCACAUUUUGGGGCCCCGAACCUCCCUUACAUGAGAGCUUCUAUAGACAAACUUGCUGCUACUGGGGUGCCCGUUUGGUUAACCGAAGUCGAUGUCGCAUCUGGCCCCAAUCAGGCUUUGCACUUAGAGCAGGUGUUAAGGGAAGCUCAUGCGCACCCAAAUGUCCAGGGGAUAGUAAUAUGGGCGGCAUGGCGGCCAGAGGGCUGCUGGCGAAUGUGUUUGACAGAUAACAACUUCAGAAAUCUGCCCACCGGAGACGUUGUAGACAAGCUCAUAAGAGAGUGGAGCCACCCCUCGGGGUUUUCCGGCACCACCGAUUCCAAAGGUCGAUUCGAGACUCGGUUGUUUCAUGGAGAUUAUAAGGUCGCUGUCACCCACCCGAAUGCGUAUGGCGUUUCUUCACAAGUGGCUCGAGGGUUCAAGGUUGGAUCAGGGAACGGUGAUCAAUCAAAGAAAAGGACUAGAAGACUGCAUGUCAAAGUUAACUAGCUAGAUUUUAUUGAGAUUCUUGCUAUUAUAUUUGAUUCUAACAUGAAUGGAAUAAACAUGGAAUGUUUCGAAA